CAAUUGAUUUGAUGAUCAAAUCGGAGCCACCGAUUGUCGGCCAAUUAGUGUCGGCCGAAGCGGCGGUCUUUGUUGACCAUCACUUGUUGCCGACAACGACCGUUAAAAGUGAGACAAAUCCGAUGCCGAGGACAACAACAGCGGCGGCAACUAUGAGGACAAAACAGAUGUCCACCGCUGACCAGUCGUUACCGAUUAAGCCGAUGUUGUUGACGAAGAGGAAGAAAAAAGCGGCGAUAGAGAGGAAAAAGUUGGUGAUAUCGUCGUCGAGCAGCGGUUCCGAUAGCGAUGACAUGACUACCGCCGCCGAUGAUACCGUCAUCAAUGGCCACCAUAACCACCAACAACAACAACAACGACUGUCACCACCCGAAGAUCAGCCAAUGAAGUCGUCGUCGUCGAUAUUCAGAUCAAAGGCCAACGGUUUUCACGAGCUAUUGAAUCGGCGAAACAAGUUGACCAACGAUUCAGUGUUUACGGCACCCGUCGACUAUGCAGAAGUGGACGCGGCGUUUAACAACUCCAGCUCAAUGGUCACUACGUCAACUGUCAAGACCGCCGCCACCACUCGUGCCGAUUGUGAACUUCAGGAAGUGAUGUCUAUAAUCGAUGAGCUGAACACCACUACCACAACCAGCGGUAACAGUGGCGGCGGCGGCGGAAGCAGUAGCAGCAGCGGUAGUGAUGAAAACAAUGCCAAACGCGGUGGUGGUCGGCGUAGUCGUCGUACUAACGGUGAUAACAACGCCAAAAGCGGUGGUCGGCGUCGGCGUAGUCGUCGUACUAAUUGCUACCAACAGUCGUCUUCGCCCAAUGAUAUUGAAGAGUUGUUAUUGGUUGAGGACGGCUAUGAUGUGGAUUGCGUUAAACCUAGAACUAGAUCCCAAACAGGACGACCCAAACGUGGCCGAGGAGGCGGUGGUGGUGGCGGCAAAAGGGCUACCACUGCUACUGGCAAAACAAAAAAGCGACGAUCCAAUGGUCGAGGCCGACGAAAGAGUGGUCAGAUGGAUGCGGAAGCAAUUUUCAAUAAAUUAGAUCAAAUGGAAAACAAAGACAAUAGUAUUAACAACAUAAGUGAUAGUCAAUCGGCGGUAUCGUCGACGACAACGACAGCGACCACAACGAUGAACAACAGUUACGAAGCACUGGAACAGUACAAGUUGUGCCGUGAAUUUGAAUUGAAAAUCAAAUACAAAUCGGUUGUACACAAGUUUCCGAUACCGUACAGCACUAGGUUUGCCGAUGUUAUGCCACGAUUGGCCGACCGAGUGGGCGUCGAUGUCGGCCAACUGAUCCUGAAGUUUCAGAAUCAGAUUAUCAACGCUGACGAUACACCCCAUGGGUUAGGUCUAGAUAUUGCACAUAUUAUCCAGUGUUUCAAACGGACCAUCACCUGUACUACUACCAGUACAACCGUUACCUCUACUACUAAUACUACCGGUGAUGAUGGCAUCGGUGCUAAAGAUCCUAAUUUAUUGACAUUGAAACUGAGGGAUAAAAAUAUGAGACAACCGGUUGAUAUACAGGUAUCAAAGUUUGAUAAAGUUAGCAAAAUUGUCGAACUAUUUGCCCGUUUUAAACAAAUAUCGGCCGAUCGGAUCGGACUACGGCUGGACGGCGAUCCUAUGACCAUCGGUACAACAAUUGCCGAUUACGAUGAUCUCGAAGACGAGUCGCAAAUCGAUGUCAUCUAUAAUUCGUAACCAUUUUUUUUUUCAAUAGAGAGA